AAUUCUGUAAGAGCUCUCUUUCAUUACCGUUAUCGUCCUCUUCGUGAGCUUCACGGUCACAGUUCCAGAUGCAACCACCUUCAAAUUGAUCUUCCUUUUCGCCAUUUUCAUCACAUUUUCUUCUUAUUCUUCUUCUUCUUCUUCUUCUUCUUCAUCUCUCUUACCAUGGCGACACCGGAGCUUUCUGAGACUUACGCAUGCAUGCCAUCCACCGAGCGAGGCCGAGGAAUUUUGAUCUCCGGCCACCCUAAAACCAACUCUGUUCUCUACACCAAUGGUCGAUCCGUCAUGAUGCUCAAUCUUGACAACCCGCUCGAGGUCUCUGUCUAUGCCGAGCACGGGUAUCCGGCUACGGUCGCCAGGUACUCGCCGAAUGGGGAGUGGAUUGCGUCUGCUGAUGUGUCCGGGGUUAUGAGGCUUUGGGGCACUCAUAGUGGGUUUGUGCUCAAGAACGAGUAUAAGGUUUUGUCUGGGCGGAUCGAUGAUUUGCAAUGGUCUCCUGAUGGAAUGAGGAUUGUGGCUUGUGGUGAGGGAAAGGGGAAAUCGUUCGUGCGUGCUUUUAUGUGGGAUUCGGGCUCGAAUGUUGGCGAGUUUGAUGGUCAUUCUAGGCGUGUUUUAAGCUGUGCAUUUAAGCCAACAAGACCCUUUCGCAUUGCCACCUGCGGAGAGGAUUUCCUAGUAAAUUUUUAUGAAGGACCGCCGUUUAGAUUUAAGCAAUCUCUUAGGGACCAUUCAAAUUUUGUCAACUGUAUAAGGUUCUCUCCAGAUGGCAGCAAGUUCAUUAGUGUGAGCUCUGACAAGAAGGGUAUAUUAUAUGAUGCGAAGACUGCGGAUAAGAUUGGAGAACUUUCUUCCGAUGAUGGGCAUAAAGGAAGUAUUUAUGCUGUCAGCUGGAGUCCGGAUGGGAAACAGGUGUUGACUGUCUCUGCCGACAAGACAGCAAAAGUCUGGGGGAUAUCUGAUGAGGGUAAUGGGACGUUAGAGAAAACCUUGACUUCUCAUUGCUCGGGUGGGGUUGAUGAUAUGCUAGUUGGGUGUUUAUGGCAGAAUCAACAUCUUGUCACAGUUUCUCUUGGUGGAACUAUUAGUUUGUUUUCAGCCAGUGAUCUAGAUAAAUCCCCUGUCAUCUUAUUUGGACAUAUGAAAAAUGUUACUUCAUUAGUUGUUCUUAAAAGUGACCCUAAAGUGAUAUUAUCAACUAGCUACGAUGGCCGGAUCAUUAAAUGGAUUCAAGGUAUUGGAUACAGUGGCAAGUUGCAAAGAAAAGAAAAUUCUCAAAUCAAAUGUCUUGCAGCUCUUGAAGAUGAACUUGUUACGUCCGGUUUUGACAAUAAGGUAUGGAGAGUUUCCAUCAAGGAUGGUCAGUGUGGGGAGGCAGAGGCUAUUGAUGUUGGGAGUCAACCAAAGGAUUUGACUCUUGCUGCUGUUUCUCCUGAACUUGCUUUGGUUUCAAUUGAUACUGGAGUUGUCUUACUGCGUGGCUCAAAUAUAGUGUCAACCAUCAACCUUGGGUUUACCGUGACAGCAUCAGUACUUGCGCCUGAUGGAAGUGAGGUUAUUGUAGGUGGGCAAGAUGGUAAAUUACACAUUUAUUCCGUCGCAGACGACUCCCUCACUGAAGAAGCAACAAUUGAGAAACACAGAGGAGCUAUUAGUGUGAUACGCUACUCCCCGGAUCUUACAAUGUUUGCAUCAGGAGAUCUCAACCGAGAAGCUAUUGUUUGGGAUCGUGCAACCCGAGAGGUGAAACUUAAGAACAUGUUGUUUCACACUGCUCGUAUAAAUUGCCUCGACUGGUCUCCUGAUAACACAAAGGUUGCGACUGGUUCAUUAGAUACAUGUGUCAUCAUUUAUGAAGUUGACAAGCCAGCAUCCAGCCGUCUAACAGUAAAGGGAGCUCAUUUGGGUGGGGUGUACGGACUGGCAUUCACGGAUGAUUACAGCGUGGUGAGCUCUGGUGAGGACGCUUGUGUUCGUGUUUGGAAAUUAGAUCCUCAGUGAUAUCUGCUGGAUAAAGAGAUGUCCAGGUGAAUAUUUUGAAUUGCUGGGUUUUGUUUUUUUGAGCUUUUAAGUUUCUUUCAUUUAGUGGACUAGAAUGCUGGAUUUUAAGAGCCUGCUUCUCUUGUUUUUUUUGGUCAUUGAGGCGCACCCGGUUAUCUUGAUAGAAUGAUGAUGCUUUGAGCUCGUUGCAGCUUGAAAUUGGUUUUGCUUUCUCGUUGUUGGUCUUCAAAAUUGAUUUUUUGUACAGUUUCAAUGAUGAUUAUGAGGUAUGAUAGCAGCGAAGAAUUUGAGUCAGCUGCAAUGGCUAAUGUUUGAUGGAACUUUUUGGUUUUCAGCCAAGAUUUUUGAUUCCAUUUUCUUCUGGCCGCUGUUAAUGAUGGUAGUGGAAGGGGGGUUGUUUAUUCUGCCAAGUGCUGAAGUGUAUAAAUAAAUAUGAAGCUGUAUUCAUUUAAAUAUUCUUUUUGGUA